AUGGCGCAUCCACGAGUCUGUUUUUCCCUUUCCAUACGACCAUUUCUUCCAAGACGAGCACGUUGCAGCCGAUUAUUCCUCCAAGACCUCCAAAAACCAUGCAUCGCACGGAACCGAUUCCAGAGUACCAAUGCCGACUCUGAAACACCACUUCAACCCACCAAAAAUGCUGUACCUGACGAGGUAACACAAGACUUGUCGCAUCUAGACCCUGCUCCGGAGGAUUAUUCGCGGUUCAUUUUUCAAGACAAAUGCAGGGUGAAAAUCCACGCAGGCUCUGGUGGGCACGGCUGUGUUUCCUACCUGCGUGAGAAAUAUGUCGAAGAAGGACCCCCGAAUGGCGGUGACGGUGGCAGUGGAGGCGGUAUAUACAUCCAGACCGUUGAGGGCUUGACAAGUCUCCAUAAGCUGGCCCGCAGAGGCAUCAUCAGAGCUAGCAGGGGCCGAAACGGACAGGGGAAAAGCAAGGGUGGAAAACGAGGUGAGGACGUUCUCCUCCAGGUACCUGUUGGCACCGUGGUGCGAGAGGUGAGCCGUUAUGAUCCGGUCGAGGUGGAGUGGGCCCGCAUCAAGGAGGCGGAAGAAUCUGCCUAUUUGGCCAAAGAAGAGAAGGAGGUCUGGCGAGAUCCUGAUGAUCCCGAAGCUGAAGGUGAAGGUGAAGGUGAAGGUGAAGGUGAAGGUGAAGGGUUUGAAGAAGAACCAGAGUUCAACCCUAUUCGGCACGAACGCUGGGUGCUACACCCCGCCGCAAAGCCGUCCGAUUUCCUUAUGGUGCAGUUCCCAAAAUCAUACCCGCGACGACAGAAUAUAGCGGCCAUGGAGCCCAAGUCGCCGAUCUGGCUGGACCUAUCAAAACCCAUGGAUAAACCCAUGCUUCUGGCUGCCGGGGGUAUUGGCGGGCUGGGGAAUCCGCAUUUUUCUACCCGCACAAUGGGACGACCAAAAUUUGCAAGCCGAGGCGAAGGUGGAAUGAUGUUAGAGCUCGACUUUGAGCUUAAGCUUCUUGCAGAUGUCGGAUUGGUUGGGAAACCGAACGCCGGCAAGAGUACGCUUCUCCGUUCAUUGACCAACAGUCGGACCCGCAUUGGAAAUUGGGAGUUCACUACACUAUCUCCUAGUAUUGGCACUGUCAUCACAGACGACAUGAAGGGUCGUCCUCUUAUUGAGUCGAAGGCUCGUCGCACGCAUUUCACUAUUGCGGACAUUCCGGGUCUGGUGGAAGGCGCCCAUCUCGACCGAGGACUUGGUCUCGGGUUCCUUCGACACAUCGACCGAGCUGGGAUUCUAGCCUUUGUGGUUGAUCUCAGCGUUGGCGAUCCUGUACAGGAACUCCAGAAACUGUGGCGCGAACUUGGAGAGUAUGAGCGAAUGCGCGACGCAGAGCCUGACGCUGCCGAGGGAGACGAGAUCAUAGAAUGGAAUCCCUUCACUGAAAAUGCGGAUGAUGGUCAUCAGCGACAGGCGCUUGACCGAGAGCCUGGCCCAGUAUUGAAUACCAACCCCGACGGCUCGCUGCCUCCGCUGGCGAUGACUCCUCUACACCUUAAGCCUUGGUUCGUCGUGGCAUCCAAGGCGGACCUGGAAAACACACAUGAAAAGUUCCGGGCUCUGCAGGAAUACUUGUCUGGCGUCCAGAAUGGCUCAAUUGAACACCCAUCAGGUCAUGAAAGAGCUUGGAAGGACAAAGUGCGUGUUGUCCCUGUCAGUGCCAAAAGGGCUGAAGGUGUGUCUCGAAUCCCCAAAUUGGUGAUGGAGCUUCUUGAAUGA